AAUGACUCACGGAGUGAGAAUGCUAACAUAUCUAAGAAAGAUAUACUAGAGAUAUUACCAGAAAUAUCUGCUAAUGAUGAUUCUGUAGUAGACCAGCUCAAGCAAUAUACACCUAUUUAUAAAGUAAAUGAUGUGAUAUCAGAAGAUCUGACUAUUAUAAGCUUGAAAAAUGAUCAGAGUCAUGUGAUUUUAGAAAAUUUGGAAA